AUGGAUGUUACCAAAACUCGAACCACUGCAUGCCACCCUCAAAGUGAUGGCAUGGUGGAAAGAUUCAACCGCACACUCGAAGCCAUGAUUGCCACAUCUAUCUCCGACCACCGCGACUGGGACCUCCACCUCCAACAUACAGCGUUAGCUUAUCGCACCAGUGUUCAUGCAUCAACAGGUUACACUCCGUUCCUCAUCCAAUUCGGACAUGAAGCUGUUCUCCCACUCGACUUGGUCUAUGGUCGACCCCGUGAUGCUCCACCGUCCUCCUAUCAUGAGUAUGUUCAGUCCCGACACACCAUUACCACGAAUGCUUUUACGCGUGCUCGUCAACAUGGAAUCACUGCCCACCGCCUGCAGAAGAAACAGUAUGAUGGUACGUCUCGCCCUUCACCCAGGUUUCAGAAAUCCGACCUAGUGCUUCUCCACUCCCCUGUUGUCCCCACGCAUUCGUCACCGAAGUUCCACAAGUUCUGGACUGGUCCGUACAUCAUUACAAGUGUGAUUGAUGAAGUGACAGUACGUAUUCGGAAACAAGAUACCGCCUCUCGCACUGCUAUUGUGGUCCACGUCAACCGACUAAAACCAUAUGUUCAACUACGAGCACCGCCUCCGUCUCCCGUAUCCUAUGAUGCUGAUGUCCACAUUGAUCCCGCUGUUGUCCCUCCACCAGCUGCUCCUCCUCCUCCUAUUGCUCAAGCCCAUCCGUACAACCUACGAAAUCGCCUCCAUAUUCAGCCGCCUAACCGAUACUAA